GCUGUUAAUUCAAAUACAAGUUGGAAAAUUUCCUUGUUUAUGGAAUACAAAGAAAAUAUUGAUGAUGUUUUAAAAGGAGGGGAUGUUGUUAGAUUAUUUCAUGCAGAACAAGAAAAAUUUCUAACAAUGGACGACUACAAAAAGACACAAUAUGUAUUUUUGAGAUCUACUGGUCGAACUACUGCCACUGCAGCUACCAGCUCGAAAGCUUUAUGGGAGGUUGAGGUAGUUCAACAUGAUCCAUGCAGAGGUGGUGCUGGUCACUGGAAUAGUUUGUUUCGGUUUAAACACCUGGCCACUGGUCAUUAUUUAGCAGCUGAAGUUGAUAAUGAUGAUACGAUGGAUGCCAUGAGAAACAAGCUCAGAGGUUCAGCUAAUAAUAAUGUAUAUUGUUUAGUGGCUGUUCCACAUUCUACUGAUAUUGCUUCCAUAUUUGAAUUAGAUGCAACUACCCUAUCUAGAGGAGAUGAUCUUGUACCUCAAUCUUCCUAUGUACGUUUACGACAUCUGUGCACAAAUACAUGGGUUCAUAGCACAACUAUUCCAAUUGAUAAGGAAGAGGAAAGACCUGUAAUGUCAAAAGUUGGGUGUGCUCCUAUAAAAGAAGAUAAAGAAGCAUUUGCUAUUGUGCCUGUUUCAGCUACCGAAGUGAGAGAUUUGGACUUCGCAAAUGAUGCUUGCAAAGUUCUUGAUGCUAUUUCCUCAAAUUUGGAAAAAGGACAAAUAAUACAAAAUGAAAGGAGGUUUGUUACUCAGUUGCUACAGGAAAUUAUUUACUUUGUGGCCAUGAAGGAGAAUGACCCCAAAAAGCCAGAUCCUUUGGAUCUUGUUGUAUCUCAUCCUAACAGAGAACGUCAAAAGUUACUUCGAGAGCAGAAUAUUUUAAAACAGCUAUUUAAAAUACUCCAAGCACCAUUUGCAGAUGUUGGAGAUGGACCAAUACUACGGAUGGAAGAACUUAGUGAUCCCAGACACGCACCAUUCAAACAUAUCUGUCGUUUAUGUUAUCGUAUACUUAGAUUGUCCCAACAAGAUUAUCGUAAAAAUCAGGAAUAUAUCGCAAAAUGGUUUGGUUUUAUGCAAAAACAGAUUGGUUAUGAUGUUUUAGCUGAAGAUACUAUUACUGCUUUGCUCCAUAGCAAUCGUAAACUCUUGGAAAAACAUAUCACUGCUGCUGAAAUUGAAACAUUUGUAAGUUUAGUGAGAAAAAAUCGAGAAAGCAGGUUUCUUGAUUACCUAUCAGAUCUUUGCAUAUCAAAUAAAGUUGCCAUUCCAAUAACCCAAGAAUUAAUAUGCAAGGCAGUUCUUAGUCCAAAAAAUUCUGAUAUUCUUAUUGAAACUAGAAUGGUAAGAACACAGAUGGAAGUUGAAGUUGAAGUUGAAGGUACAAAUGGAGAAGUUGAACCUAUGGUGACAAUUGAAGAAGAGGAAGAUGUUGUCCUAUUUUGGGAUAACGGUAGGAAAAGUAAGAGCGUUCGAGAACUUGCAGCUGGUGCUGCAGAGGGGAGUAAAGAUGACCAAUCUAUUCUCUCAUAUUAUAGGCACCAGCUAGAUCUUUUCUCAGGAAUGUGUCUUGAUCGUCAGUAUUUAGCAAUCAACAAUCUCUCUCCUCACCUGGAUAUUGAUCUAAUUCAAAAAUGCAUGGCAGAUGAACACUUACCCUUUGAUUUAAGAGCUGCUUUUUGUCGCUUAAUGUUGCAUAUGCAUGUUGACAGAGAUCCUCAAGAGCAGAUAACACCUGUAAAGUAUGCACGAUUAUGGUCUGAUAUUACUCGGAAACUAUCAAUUCAAGAUUAUGAUGCAAAUAAACAUCCUGAUCCUAACAAAGAAGCUGUGAGAGCUAAAUUUGCACCUACAAUUGCUUUUGUGGAAGAUUACUUGUGUAAUGUUGUUGGACACAUGUGGUCCUUUGCUGAUAGGGAACAGAAUAAGCUUACAUUUGAGGUGGUAAAAUUAGCUAGAGAGUUGAUCUAUUUUGGAUUCUAUAGUUUUUGUGAUCUCUUGCGUUUAACAAAGACACUGCUGAGCAUUUUGGAUUGUGUUCCUGAAUCAAGUUUUCUAAACAGCAAAUUAACAGCAGCUGAAUUGGAUGCUGCUAAGGAGGAUGAGAAUCAGGCAAGUGAAGAGAAAAAGGAAGUAAAAUCAGCUAGAGGUGGAGUUUUAAAAUCCAUUGGAGAUAUGGGGGCUGUAAUGACUAAUAUGGUUCUUGGAACAGCUGGAAUGACUAAACAGGUUGCAGCAACCAUUCAGAAGAAAGCCUCAAUAACUGGAGCUGAAGAUACAUUGGUAAUGGAUACCAAAUUGAAAAUUAUUGAAAUUCUACAGUUCAUUUUGAAUGUACGUCUAGACUACAGAAUUACAGGCUUAUUAUCAAUAUUUAAGCGUGAAUUUGAUGAAAGCCAUGAUAAAACAGCUACAGAAGAAACACUUACAAUUGGAGAGAAAGGCAUUGAUUUAGAGAGGAUCAGUCAUCAUGCUGAAGCUAUAUUUGGUGGAAAGGAUGACUGCACAGAAAUAGAUUUAGAUGGUCAAGGUGGACGUACUUUUCUUAGAGUGCUUCUUCAUCUCACAAUGCAUGAUUAUCCACCUUUAGUGUCUGGAGCUCUGCUACUACUUUUCAGGCAUUUUAGUCAACGUCAGGAAGUUUUGCAAGCAUUUAAACAAGUCCAACUGCUUGUUUCUGCAAGUGAUGUAGAAAACUAUAAGCAAAUUAAAGCAGAUCUUGAUGAACUCCGAUUGCUUGUAGAGAAGUCUGAACUGUGGGUUUUCAAAUCUAAGCUGGAAGAAGUAACCAAGAAGAAGAAAAACACUGAUGAUGAUGGAGAUGGUGAUUCUGAUAGAAAAAAGGAAUCAAAAUCAAAGAAAAAAAGUCAUCUGGACUUAGGACCUGCUGCAAAUGAAGGAUCUGCCAUAGAUUUAGAUAUUGGGCCCCCUGUGGAUCCUAUUCAGAAUAAGAAUUACAAAACUAUUCAGCAGAUAUUAUUACGAUUGACUAAACUGUGUGUGCAAGAAACAGCUACAGGCAAGAAGCCUCGUAAGCAUGAACAACGACUCUUACGAAACAUGGGUGCUCAUGCAGUGAUCCUAGAGCUUUUGCAAAUCCCAUAUGAUAAGAAAGAAGAUAUAAGAAUGAAUGAAUUAAUGAGACUUGCUCAUGAGUUUCUUCAGCAUUUUUGUCUUAAUAACCAUGCAAACCAAGCCUUACUGCAUAAACAUAUCGAGCUAUUUCUGAACCCUGGUUUGUUGGAAGCCCAAACAAUGCGGAGUAUAUUCAUGGAUAAUGUUGCACUUUGCAAUGAACUCAGUGAGCGUGUUGUACAACAUUUUGUGCAUUGCAUAGAAACUCACGGGAGACAUGUACAGUAUCUGAAGUUCUUACAAACUAUAGUAAAAGCUGAAGGGCAGUAUAUUAGGAAAGGUCAAGAUAUUGUUAUGCAGGAGAUGGUCAAUGCUGGAGAAGAUGUUCUUGUAUUCUAUAAUGAUAAAACAUCCUUCAAUCAUUUGGUUGAAAUGAUGCGCUCAGAAAGGCAACGAAUGGAUGAAGCUGGUCCUCUCCAGUAUCAUAUAAACUUAGUUAAACUUCUAGCUUGUUGUACAGAGGGUAAAAAUGUUUUCACAGAAAUAAAGUGUCAUUCUUUGUUGUCUUUGGAUGAUAUUGUUCAAGUGGUCACUCAUCCAGAUUGUUUACCUGAGGUCAAAGAAGCGUAUAUUAAUUUUCUUAGCCAUUGUUUCAUUGAUACUGAGGUGGAAAUGAAAGAAAUUUACACAAGCAAUCACAUUUGGACACUGUUUGAAAAUUUUCUUGUGGAUAUGGCACAGGUUUGCAAUGCUACACAUGAUCGGAGGCAUGCAGAUCUGCAGUUAGAAAAUUAUGUUACUAAUUCAGUUAUGAACAUCAUCACAACAUUUUUUAAUUCCCCUUUUUCCGAUCAGAGUACAACUGUGCAGAAGCAACUUUUGCAUGCUAGGGUGUUCUGGGCUCAAGGGCAAUUAACGGCAAUUGAUCUUACUGAUACACAUCAGCCAGUAUUUGUGCGUCUUUUACAAGGAGCAUUUAGAUUAUCAAAUUGUGCUUGGUUGACUAUACAACAAAGGAUGAAUGUUGAAAGUUGCAUCAAGACUUUAUCUGAUAUUGGAAAGAACAGAGGAAUUGCUAUUCCUGUUGAUUUAGACACUCAGGUGGCUGCAAUGUUUAAUAAAAAUGCUAUGAUAAGUAAGCAUACUAGAGCAUGGCUAUCAGCAGCUCGAACUCCAAGGAGAAUACCUUCCUCUGUAAAUGUAUUUAAAAAUGACCGGAGUAUUAUUGAAGGUCUGCAGGACAUAGUAUCUUUGUUAGAAGAUCAACUUCACCCACUGGUCCAAUCAGAACUGUCUGUUUUGGUAGAUGUUCUUCACAGGCCUGAACUUUUAUUUCCUCCAGGGACUGAAGCUCGAAAAAAAUGUGAGCAUGGUGGAUUUAUAUCAAAGCUUAUUAGUCAUACAGAGAGAUUGCUUGAAGAAAAAGAGGAAAAAUUAUGUAUAAAAGUUUUGCAGACUUUAAAAGAGAUGAUGUCUUUGGAUCCUGAUUAUGGUGAAAAAGCAGAGGCUAAAGCUCUAACAAAGAAGGAAAUAGAAGAUCAGAUGAGGGGGGAAGCAUUGCGCCAGACUUUACUUUUAAGAUACUUUGGCAAAAUCCAGAAAAGAGACAGCAUUGUUAAUGGCAAACAGCCUGUUAAUCAACCUGGUGCUUCUACUCCAAUAAUUCAUGGGCCUGGAGGAAUGAUUCUGACUCGAGCUGAGAUGACUUUAGCAGAAGUGCAGUGCCAUUUGAAUGAAGAAGGAGCUUCUAAUUUAGUUGUAGAACUGAUCAUGAAAAAUCCCAGCCAUGCCAUAUUUUUAGAAAGUGUAGAAUUAGGAAUUGCUUUGUUGGAAGGUGGAAAUCCGGUAAUACAGAAAUCCAUGCUUUUGAAGCUUACUGGAGGAAACUUUUCUGAGAAGUUUUUCAAAGUAUUUUAUGAAAAAAUGAAAAUUGCUCAACAAGAAAUAAAAUCUUCUGUAGCUGUGAGCACGGUUGAAUUAACAAAUCGGACUGGUGAUGAAAAAGAUACAGUAGGGAAAGAUCUUUGCAAAGAAGGACGGCGAAUUAAAAAUUUGAAGCAGAAUGGUCUUGUUAUGACAGAUGAGUUAAAGGAACAGUUGGAAGACGCAGCUGUUGCUACUAGCAAGGCUUAUGCUCAUGUCCGUACUCUUGGUACAUCUGGGACAGCAGCUUCUGAAACUGAUUUGUUGAAUCUUGGGCAAGGUACUCAUACGCAUGUUGCUUUAGAGGAAAUUUUGGCUGAAAAGGCUGAGAAAGCAAAAGAUGCCGAGGAAAAUAAACUCCCACCAGAAGUUAUGGUUAUGCAACCGAUACUAAGAUUUCUUCAACUUCUUUGUGAAAACCACAACUAUGAUCUUCAGAACUUUUUACGAAACCAAAAUAACAAAAAUAACUACAAUCUUGUGUCUGAAACAUUGAUGUUUCUCGAUUGCAUUUGUGGCAGUACAACUGGAGGAUUAGGUUUGCUUGGACUUUACAUCAAUGAACAUAAUGUUUCUCUUGUUGAUCAAACUCUGGAAACACUCACUGAAUAUUGUCAAGGGCCUUGCCAUGAAAAUCAAAAUUGCAUAGCUGUUCAUGAAAGCAAUGGAAUUGAUAUAAUAAUUGCACUCAUCCUGAAUGAUAUAAAUCCCUUGGGAAAGAAAAGAAUGGAUCUUGUAUUAGAAUUAAAGAAUAAUGCUUCUAAAUUGCUUCUGGCUAUUAUGGAAAGUCGUGGAGACAGUGAAAAUGCUGAGAGGAUUUUGUACAAUAUGAGCCCCAAGCAACUGGUGGAUGUAGCAUGUAAUGCAUAUCAUCAAGAAGGUGAAGAUGAAGAUGAUGAAGACAGUGAAGAUGUUCUUGAAAUUGAUGAUGGGGUUUCACCAAAAGAAGUUGGUCACAACAUUUACAUUUUGUGCCACCAGCUUGCUCAGCAUAAUAAAGAAUUAGCAGCUAUGUUGAAACCUAAUCUUGCUGAUCCUGAAUCUAAGAUGAAUCAAGCCUUGCAAUAUUAUGCUAGCCAUACUGCUCAAAUUGAAAUUGUUCGUCAUGAUCGCACAAUGGAGCAAAUUGUCUUCCCUGUCCCUCAGAUUUGUGAAUUUUUAACCAGAGAAUCAAAGAUGGAGGUUUAUUAUAAAGCUGAAAGGGAUGAACAAGGAAGCAAAGUAUCUGAUUUCUUUGAAAGAACAGAUGAUUUAUUUAAUGAAAUGAAAUGGCAAAAGAAACUUAGAGGACAACCUCUUCUUUACUGGGUAAGCCGUCACAUGUCCAUGUGGAGCACCAUAGCCUUUAAUUUAGCAGUGCUAGUCAACAUCAUAGUUGCUAUUUUUUAUCCAUUUCCUGAUUUCACAGGUAAAAUUGAUCCUCGUGUAUCUGGCUUGAUUUGGACUGUAAUGUUUGCUUCCUUGGCUGCAGUCAUAACUGUUCCUGGAACAACUGUUAUUCGUGCCUAUGUGUUUUCUUCAAUACUUAGAAUGAUAUAUUCUGUUGGACUUCAGCCAACUCUUUGGAUGUUAGGAACAGUAAAUGUUGUUAUAACAGCUGUUCACCUAGUCAGUAUCAUGGGUAACCAUGGAACUUUUACCAAAAGUUUUCGUCAAAUUCUAACAGAUUUUGAACUCUUGUACCAUAUGGUCUAUCUAAUAUUUUGUAUUUUGGGACUCUGUGCACAUCCAUUUUUUUACAGUGUUUUGCUCUUAGAUGUAGUAUAUCAAGAAGAAACUUUGAAAAAUGUCAUCAAGUCAGUUACUAGAAAUGGACGUUCUAUCAUACUAACUGCUGUUUUAGCACUAAUUUUAGUAUAUCUAUUUUCUAUUAUUGGAUAUUUAUUCUUUCGAGAUGAUUUCCUAAUGGAAGUUGAUGUGAGAACUGAAACAAACCUGCCAGGUGCUAUAGGAGUAGAAGAAAAUUCUCGUAGUACAUCACCUCAGCCUUUUCAAGUGCCAAUGUCUCAAGACAAUUACUGUUCUGCGAAAGAUUCAAGUUGUCCUUUUCGAAAUGAAAAUAUUUAUGAUUCCAUCCCAGAGAAAAAUGCAUCUGACAAUGCAAGUGAAGGGAAGCUAUUAGCUCAAGCUGCAGAACCAGCGGUUAAUGGCAAUGAUGAUGUUGAUGAUGAUGAUAAAACAGUUGAACGAGCUUGUGAUUCUUUGUUAAUGUGCAUUGUUACUACUUUGAAUCAAGGUUUAAGAAAUGGUGGUGGUAUUGGAGAUGUUCUUAGAGCUCCUAGUUCAAAGGAAUCAUUGUUUGUCGCUAGAGUUAUAUAUGAUCUGCUGUUCUUUUUCGUUGUCAUUAUUAUUGUCCUAAAUCUAAUUUUUGGUGUUAUCAUCGAUACAUUUGCUGACUUAAGAAGUGAAAAGCAACAGAAAGAGGAAAUUUUGAAAAACACUUGUUUCAUCUGUGGCCUUGAUAGAGCAUCUUUUGAUAAUAAAACUGUGUCAUUUGAAGAACACAUACGAUGUGAGCAUAAUAUGUGGCAUUACUUAUAUUUUAUUGUUCUGGUGAGAGUUAAAGAUCCUACUGAAUUUACUGGCCCAGAAAGCUAUGUUGCAUCCAUGAUAAAGGAUCGUAACCUGGACUGGUUUCCUCGUAUGCGUGCUAUGUCUCUUGCUGCAGAUGAAGCUGAAGGAGAGCAGAAUGAAAUGCGAACUUUACAGGUUCAGUUGGAAAAUACUCAAAAGCUUGUAUCAACAUUAUCACAUCAGCUUGCUGAACUGCGAGAUCAAAUGACUGAACAACGAAAGCAGAAACAGAGGUUAGGACUGCUUGGAACGCCACCUCUUACAGGACCUUUUCAUCAAGCAUCAACUUCAAGUUCAGUUGCAGUUUAGUUAAUUAAAAAUGCUCAAAAAAUGUGUUUUGAAGUUUUUAUGCAAACUAGGAAAUAAAUUAUGCUGUUGACAUCACUGAAAAGAAUGUAUUCAUUCCUCCUGAAAAGACUGAAUGUAGCUCAUAAACUGGUUUUAAUAUAUGUACAGUAGCGUUUGUAAAACAUUCAAAAUUUUUUACAUUGGAUGUUGAUUUUUUUAAAGCAAAUUAUAAAACCUGUUAAAUGUCUGCAGGCAGACCAAGUUACAAGAGAAAAAUGAAUGUUUUAGCUUUCAUAAUCUGUUUCUUUUUUUUUUUUUUUUUCAAAGAUUUCUUUUGUACAAAGAAUCUUUUACUAGUCAAAAUGUUCUGCUGUAUAUUCCUUUUAAGAAAAUAUGUGUAAACACUGCAAUAUAUAUGCACUUUUAAAUGAGUCAGCCUUAUUUGAUAUGAAAAACUCUAUCUUCUAAUGAAUAAAGUUUUCCCUUUAAGUGUUUCUAAGUAGACAAUAAUUGCCAUAAGUGUUCUAUUUGUCUUUUUCUUGUUUUCUAGGUGUUCAAUUCAAACUCUAGAGCAGUGGUUCUCAUAAUUUCAAAUUUGUAUGUGCCAUAGCACUUUGCUUCUUUAUCUUUUAUUACUUUUAAUUCAUUUCUUAGUGUCCUUUAAAACCUUUUUAUGCAUUUCCAUUAUUUUGUAUGAUUAUGUUAAUCAUUGUAUUGGUCUUGUAAUAAAAUUUUGAAAUAUUUUGUCUUCUGAAGUUGUGUUCAGACUUAAAAUUAAGCAUAGCAAGAGCUAUAAAAGUAAUACAUUAACAAAUAGAUAUAUUUAAUGUAUAUUAAUAUAACUGUAUAUAAUAUCUGCAGCAGGAAGAUUUUUAAGUAAUCUGAAGGCCUCUUCGGUUACUGCUACCUUAAAUCGAGAACCUUUGUUCUAAAGUAUUUCAUUCCAGUAUGUGCUAUACUGAAUUUAGCAUUUCUUAGUUUUAUAUAUAUAUAUAUCAUUUCAUUAAAUAUUGUGUAAUCCUUAAGCAUACUUAAACUUCUGUUAUCUUAAUUUUAAAUUUUACUCUUGUUGAACAUAAUGAGUUGAACAUAUUUUACGAAUGUCUUCUUAAAGGUAUAUUUAAGAAAAUGAAGAAAUGUAAAAUUGAAACUUUGUUAUGAGUGUGUAUGCUUGGAGCUUUAUAGUUGAAGAAGAACAAUUUAGUUGUUUUACAUGUUGGAAAGGUUUUUAUUUCAUUAAUACUUGUUAAUAAAUAUUCUUGCAUAUAAUUCAGAACCCAUUUCUGUAUUUUAGAGCAGUUUGAAAACUCCCCGUAUAUUUAAUACUUUUUCAGUGAUAUAAAUAAGUAAUUUAUUACUUAAAUGAAAGUAUCAAUGCAGAUUUAUUAUUUGUAUGCAAAUUAUGUUUAUGUUAAUAUGAAUUUGAAUUAUAGUGUUAUAUGAUCGAGAGGUUCAAAUUUAUCAUUUCUUCAUUGUGAGAUUGCUCUUUUCUUUAAACAGUUUUUCAGUUGACCAGAAAAUUGUAAAAAUGUUACAGUUUGCAUUCUGCUUUUUUUUUUAACUUUGUUUUCUUAAGAAUGAUGUUCUAAUUAUGUGUUUUCUUAAGAAUGAUGUUCUAAUUAUGAUUUAUCUCAGUGCCAUCUGUAGUUUAGAUUAUUUUUUAGAUUAAUAAAAUGCAUAUCUUACCAAUAUUGACAUGGUUUUAUAAAGCCAGUUUUAAGAAGAAUUGCUCGAGUUAAUGAUAUUUGUCAUAUAUUUGGUGAAAAGUUAAAUUUUAUUGAUUGAUUAUCAUUUGUUCUUUUGCAUUAUUUAAGGGGAAAUAAAUUUAAUAUGUUUCUAUGCUGUGGUAUACUUUUGUAUCAAUAAAUUUUUCAAGCUUUUUUGGGGGAAGACAAAACAUUUUAUGACUUACUUAUAAAUUAACUUAUUAUUUUGCAGUGUAACUAAAAUAUAUAUCUAGGAUCUCAUAUCUUUUAUUGACAUUUAGAAUCCCAUAGAGAUUUAUAUUGCAUAAUGCAUGAUAAAAAAAUAACUUAUAUAAUUUCUUUUAAUCACUUUCUUUUAAAAAAAUUUUUUAAAUAAUUUCUUUAAAGUAUCAUUUCAUGAUUACAUGCCAUUAGCAUUUAUUUUGUAAUUUUGUUUACUUUUACAACUUAGAGUUAGCACUGUUUUUUAUCCAGUUUUUGUUUAAACUGUCAGUGUUGCUUUUUCUAAUUUUUAUUUGAAUUUAAGCUUGCUUCACUUUGUUUUGCAAAAGCUUUAAUGUAUGAAAUCAUAAGUUUUUAGUUGCAUUUUAAACACACGUUUUACUCGUUCAAAUGUUUUACUUUGUGCAAAGUGAAAAUAAUGUAGAAAUAAUCUAAUUUAUAUACAUAUCAAUUAUUUACUGUGAAUCUGAGGGGGGAAUAAUGCAUUAAAGAAACAUAUAUGCCAUCUCAUUCGGGGGGGAUUUUUAUUAUUAUAAUUAUUAGAAAGGAAGCUAAGAAUAUACUCUAACAUUUUUAAUUAAUUGCAAAAUGUAAUUUAUUGAUCACGGUAAGAAGGACUGAUAUAUAGUUUUUUUUCAACUUGCUACUUAUCAAGUUGGAAGAAGUGGCCAUGUAAGUGAUCUAAAAACAAUUAAAGAAAAGGAUUAUCUGAUUUGGAAGAGAAGAUUAAUGCAAAGAAAGAGAAGUACUGGUUUUAAAAUGAAAUAAACUGAUAUAUAUUGAAUUUUUCGGCUCUCUAAGAGAACUAUAUAUAUAUUUUUUUACAGAGUAUAUUUGUAAGUUUUUGGUUUGUCUCUCUGUCAUUUAUGAUUAUCUGUUUUCAACCUUCCUGCAAUACCUGACCUUUUAACCAAUUUUUGCUGCCUUCUAUUAGCAGUUUGAAUUUUUAUAAACUUUACAUACUUUUUGCUAUAUUCCUUUCUGUGUUUGAAAAUCUGAAUUCUUACUGUGAUCAUUAUUAUAUAUUGUGAUUUUAUUCUCAUUGUCUUUUUUUUUUAUUAUUAUUUAGAAAUUUUAAUAUACUUAAAUUUUGGAUAUUUUCCUCUUCGUGUUCUCCAUAUUUUAUUUUGGAGAUAAAUUUUAUGCUCACUUUUAGUUGUUUAAUUUUUUAUAUAUAUUGUGUAAAUGUUGAUAUUUGUCUAAAAAAUCUUUGUGUGUUUAUCUUUAAUCUUUCAUUGUUAUUUCUUACUAAACUUUUCAAAAAUGGGUUUUAAUCACCAACAUAUCAGCAGGAAAUUGUUUUAUACAUAUUUAGUGUAAUGACAUUAACAUUUCGUAUGAUAUUAAUAUUAAAAAUCUUUCUACCUUUUAGGAUAUGGAAGUUGGUAUAAUAACUUCUAUAGGAAUAAAAAUUGAUUGUGUUCUGACAGAAAAAAAUGCCUUGGGUGAUUUUUUUUUAUGUUAUUAUUAUUCCUCUAAUUUCUCUUAACGUAACUCUGACAUACAUUUUAUGCAGAUGUAAAAAUUGAUAAGUAUUUUAUAGAGUUGUAUAUCUUGUAUUAAAAUACUUAAUGUUUUGAAAAUGAAUAUGAAUUUGCUGUUCCUGCAAGUUGAGAUGAAUAUGUUUGAUGUUAUCCACACGCAGUGGAAUUUUGUACUUCUCAGCUUUUAUUUUCUGCAAGCUCAUGAGCAUGAAAUUAUUUUAGAGAAGCUGCUUCGUGUUAUUAAUUAAAAAGUAGUACCGCCUAUUCACAAAUUAGAUUUAUUGUAUAUUUGUAAGCUUUGUGUAAAUUGAAUUAUAAUUAUAUAUAAAAUCUUAUUGAUAAGAUGUACAUGAAUUUUACUGCUGUUUUGUUUGCUGUCUGAAUUUUACUGCAGUUUCAAAAUAAAGAAAGCUAAAGUGUACCAUAUCUUUUGUAAAUUCAAAUUUAUUCUUCCAGUGAUUGAAUGUAAUUGCACAUGUUGAAAAACUCACAAUGGACCAAUAUAAUAAUAUUCAGUAUUUCUGAAGCUGUUUCUUAAUAAAAUUGUAAAAUCAUUUGAUAACUUUAAUAUGUGGUUGAACUGUAGGGAAAAAAUAGAUAAUUUUAAAGCUAAGAAGUUAGUACAAGUACAGAAUUUCAUCUUGUGUCAUUUGUAAAAACUGAUAUGCAUAUUAGUGAAAAUCUUUUUUUCUGAUAAAAUAUUCUCUGUAAUAAAUUGUUAAUAAGAAUCAA